AUGCCGGUAGGUCUCACCUCAGAACAUGGUUAUACAAGAAGCCUAGCUCGAUUUGCUGCGAAUCUUGGGCCUGUUGCUUGGAAAAUUGCUUCAAAGAAAAUUGAGAGUGUACUGCCUCCUGGGCUGAAGUUUGGGCCUGGAUGGGUGGGAGAAAAUGAAGCGUCACUGCAGCCACUGUCUUUUUCAUCUGAAAAACAGAAGGCUUCAACAGAUGUGCUACGUGAUGGCCAUCCAAGCAGAUCAGUAACUGCAUCUAGUUUUGGUGUAAAUUCUCUCCCUGCAUACCAGUCUUCUUUACUAGACAGGGAACACAUGGUUGAAGCUGCUAGUAGAGUGAAUUCCCAAAAUGAGUUGACUGUAGUGACGAGUGGUGUUUCUGGGAUAAUAAGACCCGGAACUUCCCAACAGACUCAACAGAAAUCUUUACUUCACGCAGAUAGAAAUGGUAUUAAUGGUGCACUUGGAUAUGAGCUUUUACCGAAAACGGGGAUGGCAAGGUCAUCCUUGCGAACAGGACAAUCUGGGUUGGAAGAGGCCUCAGAGUCUUAUCAAUUGCUUGGCAGGGUUUCCAGAAGUGACACUCCAUCCACACAUCCUGGACCCACAGAGCAUAUUGAUUCGGAUUCCAUGUCAGGAAGUUUGGGUAGAUUAAACCCCAGGAACGCCAGAUCCCCAGAUGGAGGCUCCAAUUCACAUGCAACACCUGAAUUUGGCUUUUCUGGGAAGCUAUCUCAGCAGGUAUUUUCACCGCACCACAGACAGCACUCUCUUCCAGACCCACCCGAUUUAAAUGUUAGAUUCCAGGCUCCAAGCUCACCUAGUUCUAGCUUGCAGAUUGGUUCGCCCAAGCAACCAGAUUUAGCAUUGCAGCUCUGAGAAUAGGUUGGUAAUUCUUCUGACAUUUGACAGGAAGGAAUGAGGUUGCCGCUCCUUUGAAUAAGAGGAUUGAAAUUCUGGGUUCUCGUUGACAAGUAGGAGUCUUGAAUAGUGUUUCAUGUUGUUACAGAGACGUGUAGAAGGAUUUUUUGUACAGAUUAAUGUAUCAAAAUUUUAGGUUGAAAAAACAAUGGUUAUAUAUUUGUAACAUUAAUUGAACUAAUGAUUGACUUAAGAUAUAAUACGUUGAACUUGGCAAUAA